CUCUCUCUUCACCCAAAAGUUUCACCUCUCUGCAGAAGCACAACCUCAACCGCUUGUACCUGCCAUUUCUGUCCACAAAGAAAGCUUCCAUCUUUGUCUGCUUCUCUCAUCAGUGAGUGCUUCCUUCUUCUAUUUCUUUACCUUAGAAUACCAUGCAGUUCCAUUUCCUGUUCUUGUUCUUGUGCUUCUCUGUUUCCAUAACCACUAUAACUAGUUUGAGCUCUGAUGGGCUUGUUCUACUGUCCCUCUUAAACCACUGGACUUUUGUCCCCAACCCCAUUUCCUCAAGUUGGAAUCUUUCUGAUUCCACACCAUGCAAUUGGGUAGGAGUAGAAUGUGAUCCGGCCCACAAUGUUCUUGCCUUAAAUGUCUCUAGUUAUGACAUUUCUGGUCAGUUAGGGUCUGAAAUUGGGAACUUGAGUCACUUAGAGACUCUUGUUUUGAGUUCCAAUAAUUUUUCUGGCCAAAUUCCCAUGGAGUUGGCCGAUUGUAGUCUUCUUGAGACCUUGGACUUGUCUGGAAAUGGGUUCUCUGGAAAAGUUCCUGAUAACUUGGACAAGUUGGGAAAUUUACAGUACUUGAGUUUGAGUGAUAAUUAUCUGGAAGGGCAGAUUCCUUCAUCUAUUGGAAAUUGCAAGAACUUGGUUUACUUGGAUUUGUCAUCCAAUCAGUUUAGUGGAGGUGUUCCUUCUGCACUUGGCAAUUGUACUGGUUUAGAGGAAUUUUCAGCUGCAGUUAACAAAUUAGUUGGUCCAAUACCUUCUUCCUUUGGCCUACUAGAUAAGCUACGAAUUCUAUACCUUCCUGAGAAUCAGCUGUCAGGAAGAAUACCUCCAGAACUUGGUAAAUGCAAGUCCUUGACCGAACUACAAUUGUAUUCGAACCAGCUAGUUGGAGAAAUUCCUGAUGAGUUGGGAAUGUUGACCAACCUGCAGGACCUUGAAUUAUUCCAAAACAACUUAACUGGUGAGAUUCCAGUUAGCAUAUGGAAGAUUCAAACUCUUCAAUAUGUCCAUCUCUACAUGAAUAACCUCACUGGGGAACUGCCUUUAGAGAUGACGGAGCUCAAGCAACUUAAAAACAUCACAUUGUACAACAACCAGUUCUAUGGAGUUGUACCUCAAGCUUUCGGGAUUAACAGCAGUUUAGUUUGGGUGGAUUUUAUGUAUAAUAAGUUCACUGGUAGCAUCCCUCCAAAUCUUUGCUUUGGAAAGCAGCUAUGGGCAUUGAAUAUGGGGUUCAAUCAAUUUCAAGGUACCAUACCUUCUGAUGUCGGAAGUUGUUCAACUCUUUGGAGGAUGAGACUUGAACAGAAUAACCUGACCGGAGUUCUCCCACAAUUUGUGAAAAAUUCUGAGCUUUCAUAUAUGGACAUCAGCAGCAAUGAGAUUAGUGGAGAAAUUCCAUCAAGCUUGGGAAACUGUAGCAGCCUCACCACCAUCAUCUUGUCCAUGAACAACUUAACAGGAGUUAUACCAGAAGAGCUUGGUUACCUUGCAGAUCUUCAAAAGUUGAAUCUUUCCCACAAUAAUUUGGUGGGUGCUUUGCCUUCUAGCCUAUCCAAUUGUACCAAAAUGCAGGAGUUUGACGUGGGGUCCAACUUCUUGAAUGGUUCAAUUCCUUUGAGUUUGAGCAGAUGGACAGGUUUAUCUAAAUUGGUAUUGAGUGAAAACAGGUUCACUGGCGGCAUUCCACCUUUCUUGUCAGAAUUUGAAAAGCUUUCCGAGCUACAACUUGGUGGAAAUUUGUUGGGAGGUGUGAUUCCAUCGUCGGUUGGAGCUCUGCAGAAUUUGUUUUAUGCUAUGAACCUUAGCAAUAAUGCAUUGACAGGUGAGGUCCCUUCAGACAUUGGAAAGCUGAUGAUGCUACAGCGGUUAGAUUUAUCUCAUAACAACUUGACAGGGAGUUUAAGAGUUCUUGAUGGCAUGAAGUCAUUAAUUGAAGUUAAUGUUUCAUUCAAUGGCUUCACUGGUGCAGUACCAGAAACACUGAUGAACCUGUUGAACUCAUCCUCAUUUUCCUUUUCCAGCAAUCCCUCCCUAUGUGUCAGCUACCUUCCAUCAUGUGGCUACACUUGUGCCGGAAACAACACUAUUAAACUCUGUAAUAGUCCAUCAAGCAAGCCGAAAGGACUUAGCAAAGUGGGAAUUGCAUUUAUAGCGGUCGGAUCAUCGAUACUUGUUGUUUCUCUGCUGUAUCUACUGCUUUAUUUGUUUUGCUUGAGCAGAAGGACUAAGAAGGAGCUUGGGGUCUCUGAUCGAGAGGGUCCAUCUUCCUUACUCACAAAAGUCAUGGAGGCUACAGAGAACCUUAAUGAUAGAUAUAUUAUUGGGAGAGGAGCCCAUGGAACUGUUUAUAGAGCUUCUUUGGAUGAUGAUGAAGAUUUUGCUGUCAAGAAGCUUGUAUUUGCAGGGCAUGAAGGAACGCGUUUGAGCAUGAUAAGAGAACUUCAAACCCUUGGGAAGAUCAAGCACCGGAAUCUGGUCAAAUUAGAAGACUUCUGGUUAAGAAAGGACUAUGGCUUAAUCUUGUACAGGUACAUGCAGAACGGGAGCCUUCAUGAUGUUUUACAUGAAAUUAGUCCGCCACUAAUACUGGAGUGGAGUGUCCGCUACAAGAUAGCACUGGGAACUGCAUACGCUUUGGAAUAUCUCCAUUAUGAUUGUGUGCCCCCAAUAGUGCAUCGUGAUAUCAAGCCAAUGAACAUUCUCUUAGACUCUGAGAUGGAAGCUCAUAUUUCUGAUUUUGGUAUUGCUAAACUCUUGGAUCAGUCCACUCCUUCAACGAUUUCCAUCUCAGUUGUUGGUACAACUGGAUAUAUCGCACCAGAAAAUGCAUUCAGAACAGCAAACAGUGUGGAGUCUGAUGUGUACGGUUAUGGGGUUGUAUUACUUGAGCUGAUAACUAGAAGGAAGGCAUUGGAUCCAUCUUUUAUGGAGCAAACUGACAUUGUAGGAUGGGUUAGAUCAGUGUGGAGUGAUACAGAAAAAAUUGAUAGGAUUGUUGAUUCAAGCAUUAUGGAGGAACUUCUAGACUCAAGUAUCAGGGACCAGAUUGUUGAUGUAUUUUUGGUGGCUCUCAGCUGUAUUCAUAAUGAUCCUAAAAAGCGACCCAUGAUGAGAGAUGUUAUCAAGCAAUUAUUAGAUGUAAAGUCCCCAAUGAGGAGCACAAAAUUCUAGCUUUUGGACAUAUCCAAAUGGGUUGCUCUAAACAGGUAAAUUGGAUCCCCUGUCUGCAGUUUUAAUCUAUUAGUACUGUAUCAUUAUACAAAUAUAGUCGAUAUAUAAUCUUCUCUUCUGUGUUGGUGUUUCUGUUCUUAGUGUCUCUUAGUAGCCAUAUCCAUAAUCUAGUAAAGCAAUGUAAAAAAAUUGAAGACUGAUGUCUGGCGGAAACAAUAUGAAUGUUAAGCAUCUUUUAAUUCAA